GAGGUAUGGUUUCGAUUUGAACGGAACCUUUCAGCCGCGAAUAUUUUAAAAUUAUAUUUAUGGAACAUUUUGAGUAAUCAUGAUUAGUCCAUCGUUUUAAUUCCAAGUCAUCUUCCUGCACCUUAUAUCGUCGUUUUUUUCUCUUAAUUCUUUAAACCAGUGUUUACGGAAUAAUUCACGAUGUUUGAUAACAGUGCUAUUGUUCGCUUAUAUGAAAGUGUUCUUCAUGAAGAUAUUCUUAAAUAUAAAUUGAACAUAAACGAUAUCAGAGGAGGAAUAGGAAAUAUGAAACAAAUUUACUUACCAAAUCCUACUAGUUUAACGUCGGAAACAGUUGAUGUUGCCAAUUAUAAUGAUGCCGCACAUAGGUGUGCCUAUUUACAUAAAUACGCUCCUUUGCAUACUGUAAUGGUUUAUCAUAUGAUUAAUAGAGCAUUAAUACAGAACUUUUCUGUGUUUCAAAAUACUUUAAGAAAUGGUUGCUUAAAAUUAUGCAGCUUAGGCGGAGGACCAGGCUCUGAUGUAUUGGGUGUACUAGCUGCAAUGCACGAAAAUUUCGGUUUUAAUCAAAUUUCUGUUACCAUUGUAGAUUGUAUGGUUAACUGGAGUAUAACUUUUAGCUCCAUUGUUCAGGAACUGCGGUUUGGAAAUUACGGAACUUUGGGAGGGAAUUUCAGCCCUCAGUAUUUUAAUUGGACGUACAUAGGUGAUAAUUUGCUGGGCAAGAUGUCCAACAAAGUUAACCAAGCAAUUGCUGCGGCAGAAAUAAUUACUAUGGUAAAAUUUGUGUCAGCAGCUGCUUGUAAAGACACAUACCAGAUGAUUAAGAACAUUUUCAAUACAAUGAAGCCAGGAGCCAUAGUUUUAUAUAUUGAUAAUGCUGGAGGUGGAUUUCAUCAACUAAUGGGGCAAGUUGCUACUGAAUGCAGGUUCAUCACUGUAUUUGGGCCACUGAAACAUGAGCAUUAUGUGAAUGAAAAUAUGAACAUUAAAAGAUUUGGGUAUACAUCUUGUUAUGCAACGAAAAUUAGUGUUCAUAUAUGGCGAAAACCAAUCCAUAAUCAGAAUUUGAAUCAGAUUAUCAAACACUAUUCACAUGAUUUAGUGUUAAAUCAAAACGAACAAAAUGCAGAUGGUAGAAGAAGUAUAGCUACUAGUCACAGCUCACAUAUAAAUAACCAUCAGUCACAGUCAUCUAGUAUGCAAAGAAAUAACUCAAAGGAAAAUGUUUAUUCUGAGACAACUGAUAAGUGGCCAGCAUCAUCUGCUACUAUGCAAAAGAAUGCAUCUAGCAUUUCACCAGACAAUAAUAAAAGUUCUCAGAAUAUGAAAUCUGCACAAAACAUUUCACAAAUCAUUAUAGAACAGCCAAAAUUCAUGACUUAUAAACCUUCUUCUUCUGUAAAUCGUAAUGCAUCUAAUUUUUCAAAAGCUGGAAGUGCUUCAGGCAUUGAUAGAAGUUCCCAGCAGAGUAAAUCUGUACAAAACCGUCCACAAAUCAUUGAAGAGCAGCCAACUUGGCACGAACCUUCUGUGGAUAACUGUUGCUCGUGUUGUGUAAUAUCAUAAAAUUUUAAGUAAACUUUUUUAAUAUUGCACUGAUGUUUAAAAACUUAUUUCAGUUUUAUCGUUUUCAUUAUUUCCUGGUUUUAUUCCAAAAAUAAUUAAUAUUGUUGCUGUUAAAGAAAGUAAUAAUUUUAUCAGCUCUUUAAUUCUUAGUGCUUACAAAAUAAAUAUACAUUGUUGCAUUUAAUGUUUGUGAAUAUAGUCAGGUUUAGAUUUUUUGAGGCAGUCUGCUGCUAUAUCUUCAUUCAGUUUCUGACUCAUUAUUAUUAUUCAUUAUAUAUUGGUGGAGAAUGAUAUUGAAGGGGGAAAACGUUUCCUUAUUUUUUAAUGAAGUUUGUAUUCAUUUCUAAUUUUUUUUAACAAUAAUCAAGAAAUUUCAGUAAUUUUGUACAAUUGAUUGAAAAUGGAAAAAUGCAUAUUGCUAUUGUAUUUUUAUACUGUAAUGAGAUUUAUAUUAUCAUCAAUAUAAUAUUCUUAUUUGUAUUUUAUUUGAUUAUGAAGGACAUCAUUGUGCAUUUUCUAUGAUUGAAAUCAUAGUGUAAUAAAGGUUUAUUAUUUUUAUAUGAUUGAAAUCAUAGUGCAAUAAAGGUUUAUUAUUUUUUAUAUGAUUGAAAUCACAAUACAAUAAAGGUGUAUUAUUUUUUA